UCUGUGCCCUGGACCCUAGCAGGGUGAUGCGCGUGGCCGAACUUGACGCGGUAAUUGGUAAUAGAGAACGUUAAGUUUAGGACUAAUACAAUAUAUACAAUAAUUUUCCUAACGGUUGUUCCAUUAUUUUCAGGGUAAAAUAUGAAAAAAUAGCCUGGGAAAGGAUUGGACAGGUGCAAGCUACCAUGGAAAGGGAUUGCUCCUUGCAAAGCGCACCAGCACUGCAAAUCUAGAUCACCAUUCCGCUAGACGAUGACAAUAAUUACUUGGGUUGAAGCAUUGUUUUGCAGACUAAUUUAGCAUCUCGAUGGACUGUAUUGCAAAUGUUAUGCAUUUUAACGGAGGGCGUCUUGAGGAAAUGCUGAGCACGCAACGAUGCCAUGCAUCACCAUGCAUUUAUAUACAUUAUAUUUAUUCUCCCAUCUCUGGAUCUGCGCACAGUUGAAGUAUAAAAUCUAAACUAACAGUGCGACUAUUUGUGGUUUUUGUCGUUGGCCUCUCGCUAAUGUGUUUACGUUCUUCAUCUGAUGGAUUAGUUUAACAACACUUCUUGUCGACUGUAGCCUAUGUAGCUCGAAGGGAACUGUAGCCUACGCCAAUAUUUUUGGGGAGAUUCAUCCGGCUUGCAAUACAGACAUAUCAUGUAUGCUGGACGUAAAAGGAGAAAACCAGUCCAGAGAGCGGUAAAACCGCCCCAAUCAGAAGGGGCCAAGUCGAACCCCUCCAAGCGCCACCGGGACCGUCUGAAUGGAGAGCUGGAGAGGCUGGCCAGCCUCCUCCCCUUCCCUGAGGAGGUCACCACCAGCCUGGACAAACUCUCCAUCCUCCGCCUUAGUGUCAGCUACCUCCGGGCCAAGAACUUCUUCACUGUUGCCCUGAAGAACUCUACUUUCAACGGAGUGCUGGCCAAUGGUGGUAGCGCUGACAACAGCAAAUCCACGGGAUUGGCGGACAGUUGGCUGUCUGAAGGAGAGCUCUUGCUGCAGGCUCUGAAUGGCUUCGUCCUGGUGGUCACUAAUGAUGGGACCAUGUUUUACUCCUCUCACACCAUCCAGGAUUACCUGGGCUUCCACCAGACUGAUAUUAUGCACCAGAGUGUGUAUGAGCUGGUCCACACUGAGGACCAGCAGGAGCUGAGGAGGAACCUCCACUGGGCCCUCAGCCCACCUGCCGUCGUGGGAGAGUCCUCCUCAGAUGUGGAGCCAGAGAGCAGCACCACUGUGACCUAUAACCCUGAGCAGCUCCCCCCAGAGAACUCCUCCUUCCUGGAGAGGAACUUUGUGUGUCGCUUCCGCUGCCUCCUGGACAACUCCUCUGGGUUCCUGGCCCUGAGUCUGCAGGGCAGGCUGAAGUUCCUGCACGGUCAGAACCAGCGGCAGGAUAACGGGGACAAGGCGUCGCCCCAGCUGGCCCUGUUUGCCAUCGCUACGCCCCUCCAGCCCCCCUCCAUCCUGGAGAUCAGGACCAAGAACAUGAUCUUCAGAACCAAACACAAGCUGGACUUCACCCCCAUGGCCUGCGACGCAAAGGGGAAAAUUGUGCUUGGGUAUACUGAAGCUGAACUUCGGGUGCGAGGCUCCGGGUAUCAGUUUAUCCAUGCGGCGGAUAUGUUGUACUGCGCUGAGAACCAUGUCCGAAUGAUGAAGACAGGGGAGAGCGGUCUGACCGUGUUCAGGCUUCUCACCAAGGACAACCUCUGGAAGUGGGUCCAGGCCAACGCCAGGCUGGUGUACAAGAACGGCAAACCAGACUACAUCAUCGCCACACAGAGGCCUCUGGUGGAGGAGGAAGGAGGCGAACACCUACGUAAACGUUCCAUGCACCUCCCCUUUACCUUCGCCACGGGAGAGGCCCUGCUCUACCAGUCCAACCAUCCAAUUGGACGCUUCAACCACGGCGCCCAGGGCUCCAAGAAGAACGGCAACAAGUCCAAGAAGGGCCGGUUUGAUAGGGCGUCCAGGGAUGGCCUGGACCCGGGCUCCCUCUUGGGGGCGCUGAUGAGUCAGGAUGAGUCUGUGUAUGUCUGCCAGCCGGCCCUGGAGCCCAAGCUGUCCUUCCACAGCAGUCUGUUCGGAGACCGGGUCGGCCUCUCUGACUCCGACCCCACCGCCCUACUCCAGGGCUGGGAUGAGUCGUCCAACGGAGUGGUGGGUCCGGGGCUUUCAGAGCCGGCGUCGAGCUUCGACCCUAUGCUGGCGACCCUGGACUCCCUGUCCCUAAGGGGUCUGUGGGGUGUGGUGGACCGGGAUGGGGAUGGAGGCAAUGAGGAGAACUGUUCCAACGGGGAGCUGUUUGGGGCUCUGGAGGGCCUGGGGCUGAGCGCCGAGGACCUGGAGCUGCUGCUGCUGGACGAGAGGAUGAUCCGGGUGGAGAUGGACCCGGAGCGGGUUCCCACCCUGGAUGACCUGCUGACCAACGAUGAAAUACUCUCCUACAUCCACGACUCCCUGGAGGCAAAGACAGACGCGGCAGAGGACGGGGACCAGGUACCCUCCACUAUCCCAGCUACAACUGCCCCAAAAACCACCACAAAAACAACAAAGGCUCCUGUUGAAAGUAAUCCCACUUCUGCCAUCAAUGUGUACUCUCAGUACGUUCCCCAUAAGGCCCCCAUAGUUCAGCUCUCCCAGCAGAUGCAGCAGCACCUCAGCAUGCAGCCAGGGAGGACGGUCCAAGACUGGGCCCAGCAUAACAACCACUUGCCCUAUCCCCUGGUGAAUGGACUGCAGGGGCAGAGUCAGCCCAUACACAACGGACAAUGGACAUCCCAGCACAUUCUAGCCAGUACAGGGGUCCCGGUUGACCACUGUCACAACCCCCAGACUCUGUUCAAUGGAAAGGCGUCAGAGCCGGACGGGGACCUUCACUGGCGGCAAGCCCAGCAACAUCAACACUACCUCCAGCAGCAGCAGGCCGGAAUCCAGAGCCAGCACCCUCUGUGCCAUGCCAAACAUCCAGGCGCUAAUCUCAACGGAGUGUGUGGCAUUCCAAACACACACACAGAGCAUCGCCCAGCUGGCAAACAGCAGUGGCAGGACUAUAGCUACUGCCACCCUGGGGAAACCACCCUGAACAGCAACCGCCCUGGGGAAACCACCCUGAACAGCAACCGCCCUGGGGAAACCACCCUGAACAGCAACCCCCCUGGGGAAACCAACCUGAACAGCAACCCCCCUGGGGAAACCACCCUGAACAGCAACCCCUGCCUUAACAAUGGCCACAUACCUCUCCUCACACACACCACCAUAGACGCUUGUAUGGUUGAUGUUCCCGGCAUGGAUUAUACCAUCAAUGGAGAUACGUAUGGGGGGAACGGGCAGCACCACGGGACAGAGGCUGCCGUUUCGUCCUACCAGAGGAUGGACAACAAGAAGCAGCAGCUACAGCAGGAGAAGUUGGCCCCUCCCUUGGCCCAGGUGCUGUCCAGCCUCUCGCAGUGCCCUCCGCCCUCCGCUACCAUAGAGCAGAUCCUUGGGGUUGGACACUCCUCACUGGAGGCCAACGGCAUGGUGACCUCUGACAUCCCUCACCACCCCAACCACAGUAAGAUGGAAAAUGGCUGCAUUCUUAACGGGACCUACUCAGGAGGCUGUGUUCUGCCCAAUGGGAGUGGUGCCCUCUAAUGGCCAGCUCCCCUGCCCUGACACUCCAGCCUCCCAGACCCCAAGGCCUCAGGCUUUUACCUCUGACUGGGCAGCUCCAGGGGACACUAACCGAUUGGAGGGUCACACCCACCCACCCUACCACUGGACCAGCUUGUUACCGUACAACUAGUUGACAACAUGGAAACAAAAGCAACACUUAGGCCUAAAUGUUUUCGGUACUUUUGUUUGGCUGGGUUUGAUGUUUCAUAAUAACGUAAUUAUUGUUUGAGUCCUUUGUUUACAAUAUGGCGUCGGAGCGCUAAAGUUGAUUUUUUUU